GGCGGCGCACGCGACUUCCCGUUCAGUCUGACUCGGAGCUUCAGGAUGUUGACAGUGUGACGUUUGUUUUGGUGCAGCAGCAGCAGCACGAGUGUACAGUUUUAAACACAUAAACUGAAGAUGACAGCUCAGUGAGAGUGUUUUAAUGUCACUAAACAUCAUUUAAUGCAGUCCGACAACUAAAAUAACCGACACACGCUGAGAUAAAGGACAGGAAUGCAGUGAAAAGCGACUCAUCUAGAAUGAGGGAUGUGUUUGGACCGUACAGUCAACAGAAGCAGAGCUCCGGGGCGUUUGGACUACAUUUACUGGCGUGAUGGACAUCUGCUGCGGACAGACAGAUGCAGUAUCCCCGAGUUAGAGGAGAUCAUGAUCACACACUUGAAGCUGAGGAUCACCAUCAAAUGACUUUAAGUGGCAGAGACAUCGAGCACCAUGGGAAGGCUUUAAUACUGCAGGCCCUUAUUAACGUCACUCAUGUCCGAACACGACUGGGCUCCAGUCUGACCAUCACCGGUGUGCCUGACCUCCAGAACCCUCAAAAAAUGACCUCCUCAGGAUACAUCAAUGACCGGUAUGUCAUAGACUCCAACAUUUUUGCAUCCAACGGGAUGAUCCACGUUCUGCAGGACCCACUGAAAGCACCUCCACCUCCACCUCCAUCCUUCCACCCGGCUCAUCAGGCUGGGAUGGGCAUCGGCAUCCUGGGGCUCAUCAUCCUCAUCGUAGUGGCUGGAUUCGUGGGAUACAAUUUCUACACACAUAAAACAAAGCCAUUCCAGUUCCACUAUUUUAAGGAGGAUGAAGGGGAAGAUGUCAUCCCAUCAGAAUCCAGUCCAAACAUCAGUAAUCCUGUAUACGAUGCUGCUCCUGCCACUAAAGAACAACCACCAACGGAAGAAGACAAGCAUCAAGUGAUUUCCAGUGGAACAUUUGACCUCCUGCAGGACAGCUGAAAUCACCUCUGCAACCAAGCAGUCAGUGCAGCUCUCUUUAUGAACACAAGAGGAAUGUGAACUCCAUGUUACAGUGAUGGGACUUUACAUGCUAACACUAGACAGAGGUCUAGACAGACAUGUGUGCAUGUUUUUGAUUGGUGUGUUUGCUUUGGAUGAGUGUGAAUAUGUCAUUUUUAAAACUUGUUUAUAAGCAGUUUCUAAAUUCUGUUGUAUUACAGGCAUUAAUAAAUGUCCAACAUGCAAUGAUUGAAAUAUCUGCCCUGCUUAAAGCACAAUUUAAGGGAAAAAAUGGAAAUAAAAUAAAUAAAGAAGUGUUAAG